UUCCCUAGACCACUUGGCUUUGUUGUGCUGCCUGUCUGACUAGGAGGAGGGGGAUUGGCGGCUUGCCGGCUCCGGGAGCGCUUCCCCGCCGCUCACCCCAACCCACCCACCCGCGCCUGGGUCAGGAAGUGUGAGCAGGGCUGAUGGAGGCGGAGAGGUAGGGCGGAAGGUUCAUACCAGCGCUGGGUGUGACAGCGGGCAGCGGAGGGCUUCGCAGCUUGCGGGGUGUCCAGCCCCGGUUCUGGCACGGACCCCAGCAUGGAGGGCUGCCGCUGGACGGCCGCGGGCGCCCAGCUGCUGGCUUCCCUCCUCCUAGCGAAUGCCGUUUCUUCCCUGCAAAGCUCCAGAACAGCUCGCUCGGAGGAAGACGGGGACUUACUAUGGGAUGCCUGGGGCUCAUGGAGUGAAUGUUCACGCACUUGUGGAGGAGGGGCUUCAUAUUCACUGAGACGCUGCUUGAGCAAGAUCUGUGAAGGGCAAAACAUCCGGUACAGGACGUGCAGCAAUGUGGACUGCCCACCAGAAGCAGGUGAUUUUCGUGCCCAGCAAUGCUCUGCUCACAACGACGUCAAGUACCAGGGACAGUUUUACGAGUGGCUUCCUGUUUCUAAUGACCCUGACAACCCAUGCUCACUGAAGUGCCAGGCCAGAGGAGCAGCUCUGGUUGUGGAGCUGGCACCAAAGGUUCUGGAUGGGACCCGGUGCUAUACUGAAUCCCUGGAUAUGUGCAUCAGUGGCUUGUGUCAAAUUGUUGGCUGUGACCACCAGCUGGGAAGCACUGUCAAGGAAGAUAACUGUGGGAUCUGCAAUGGCGAUGGGUCCACCUGCCGUCUGGUUCGAGGCCAGUAUAAGUCCCAGCUCUCAGCAAAUAAACUGGACGACACAGUGGUUGCCAUUCCCUAUGGAAGCAGGCAAGUUCGCCUUGUACUGAAAGGACCUGAUCAUUUAUAUUUGGAAAUCAAGAGUCUUCAAGGUGUGAAGAGUGAAAACAACCUCAGCUCCACAGGCUCUUUCCUUGUGGGCAAUUCUAGCAUCGACUUCCAGAAGUUUCCUGACAAGGAGGUACUAAGAAUAUCUGGGCCUCUCACUGCAGACUUCACUAUCAAGAUCCGCUAUGCUGGUGCUGCUGACAGUUCAGUUCAGUUUAUCUUCUAUCAGCCUAUCAUUCACCGAUGGAGGGAAACUGAUUUUUUUCCUUGUUCAGCAUCCUGUGGAGGAGGUUAUCAACUGACAUCUGCUGAAUGUUUUGAUCUGAGGAGCAACCGGGUAGUAGCAGAUCAAUAUUGUCACUAUUAUCCCGAAAAUAUCAAGCCAAAGCCAAAACUUCAGGAGUGUAACCUGGAUCCUUGUCCUGCAAGUGAUGGAUACAAGCAGAUCAUGCCCUAUGACCUCUACCAUCCCCUUCCUCGAUGGGAAAGUACGCCCUGGACUGCCUGUUCCUCAUCCUGUGGAGGAGGCAUUCAAAGCCGCAGCAUCUCAUGUGUAGAAGAAGACAUUCAGGGGCAUAUCAGCCCGGUGGAAGAAUGGAAAUGCAUGUAUACUCCAAAGAUGCCUAUUGUCCAGCCUUGCAAUAUAUUUGACUGCCCAAAGUGGCUUGCUCAGGAAUGGUCUCCGUGCACUGUGACCUGUGGACAAGGACUCAGAUACCGUGUGGUCCUUUGUAUUGAUCACAGGGGUAUGCAUACAGGAGGCUGUAGUCCUAAAACAAAGCCACACAUAAAAGAAGAAUGCAUCAUGCCCACUCCUUGCUACAAACCCAAAGAGAAACUUCCCAUGGAAGCAAAGUUACCAUGGUAUAAGCAGGCUCAAGAGCUGGAGGAAGGAGCAGUGGUAUCUGAAGAACCAUCGUUUAUUCCCGAGGCUUGGUCCACCUGUAGUGUCACUUGUGGAGUGGGCAGCCAGAUGCGGCUUGUGAAAUGUCAAGUGCUCCUCUCUUUCUCUCAGUCUGUGGCUGACUUGCCCAUUGAUGAAUGUGAAGGUCCCAAGCCUGUGUCUCAGAGAGCCUGUUACGGUGGUCCCUGCAGUGGGGAGGCAACUGAAUAUACCCCAGAGGAAACUGAGCUGCUGUAUGGUAGCUUGCAGGAGUUUGAUGAGCUUUAUGAAUGGGAAUAUGAGGGUUUUACUGAGUGUUCAGAGUCCUGUGGAGGAGGUGUCCAGGAGGCUGUGGUGACCUGCCUGAACAAACAAACCAGGGAGACUGCGAAUGAGAUGAUGUGUGUAAGCAGCCGCCGUCCUCCACAGCUGCUGAAAGCCUGUAGCCUAGACCCAUGCCCCCCAAGAUGGGAGAUUAGGAAAUGGAGCACCUGCAGUCUUACCUGUGGAGUUGGACUGCAAACACGAGAUGUCUUCUGCUCUCAUCUACUAUCAAGAGAGACUAAUGAGACUGUGAUUUUGGCAGAUGAAUUUUGCUAUAAACCUAAGCCAUCCCUCGUUCAAGCCUGUAAUCGCUUUGACUGCCCACCGUCCUGGUAUCCUACAGAAUGGCAAGAGUGUUCACAGACAUGUGGCAGUGGUAUCCAGAAGCGAGAUAUACUUUGUAAGCAGCGCCUGGCAGAUGGAAGCUUGUUAGAGCUGCCAGAAACCUUCUGCUCCAUGCCAAGACCAGUUACCCAAGAAGCCUGUAAAAAUGAGGAUUGUCCCAAUGAGUGGCUUCUCUCUGACUGGACACAGUGUUCAGUGAGCUGUGGAGAGGGCAUUCAGAGUCGAAAUGCCAUUUGCAGAAAGAUGCGGAAAACCGAGGGAUUUGUUACCAUCAAUUCCUCACUGUGCCCACCUUUGCCAUUCUCAUCCUUGAUCAGGCCCUGUGCACUAGGCACCUGUGCAAGGCACAACAGACCAGCUCAUAAGGAAAGCCCCCAUAUUAUGGCCAUAAAGAAAGUUUACAUCCAGACAAGGAAGCAAAAGAAGCUACACUUUAUUGUGGGUGGGUAUGCCUACCUGCUGCCCAAAACAUCUGUUAUUCUUCGAUGCCCCACAAGGAGGUUCCAAAAAUCAAUGAUCAUUUGGGAGAAGAAUGACAAGAGGCUUGUCAGCUCAGCUCACAUCACCAUUGUACCCUAUGGGUACAUAAAAAUCCAUCAUUUGAAGCCUUCAGACACUGGGACAUACACCUGCAUGGCAGGGCCAGCCCAGGAGCAUUUUGUAGUUAAACUUAUUGGAAGCAACAAGAAGAUCAUUGCUGGGCAGCCAACUGUUAUUAGGGAGGAAGAGGCCAUGAGAAAGGCCAGUUUAAAUGAAGCCUUGCGAACAGAGGAGAAACAUAUCAAUGGGAUUCUUUUCAACGGGAGCAAGCCUGAAAAGCGAGGACACCUUGCUGACCCCAGCAGGUGGUAUGACGACAUUGUCUCAAGGCUUCUACAGCACAGGAGCUGGCCAGGGGAAGAUCUGGAGUCCUGGGAAGCCCAGGAGUCCACCGACAGAAAUGCAUCCUCAGAGGAGGACCAGAGCCAGGAGUAUAACCUGCCAUUUACUAUGGUCACAGAGCAGAAACGCUUGGACGAUAUCAUAAGGAAUUUGUCUCAUCAGCCUGAGGAGCUUAAAGAUGUCUACUCUGAGCAGCUUGUUGUGCAGCUGGCUCACGAGGUUUUCAAGAGCCACUUGGAGCACCAAGGAUCUGUCUUCAAAGCAUCAAGGAGAGGAGUAGAUUCAACCUUGGUGGAGUACCCUCUCCACAGACACGUUUCUGGAUUUACCAGCUCCCUGAGGACAUCAUCCGCUGAAACAUUUCUUCCCACCUCUGUAGAUAUGUCAAAUGGCUUGGGCAGACCUCAUCAAAAGCCUGCAAUUCUUCGAAAGAUUUCAGCAGCACAACAGCUUUCUGCUUCAGAGGUUGUUACCCACCUGGGACAGACAGUGGUUUUAGCCGGUGGCACACUGAGCGUGCUACUUCAUUGCGAAGCGGCGGGAAACCCAAAGCCCACCAUCAGCUGGUCUAAGAAUGGAGAGGAGGUGAAAUACAAUGAUAGGAUGCUACUUCAGCCUGAUGAUUCCUUACAGAUACUAGCGCCUGUGGAAGCUGAUGUGGGUUUCUAUGCUUGCAAUGCAUCCAAUGCCCUGGGAUCUGAUUCUGUCUCCAUUGCUGUCACUCUAGCAGGAAAGCCACUGAUAAAGGCAUCAAGAGCUACUGUGGUCAACACUGAAUCACCUGCUGUCACUGUUGAUAUUGGAAGCACAGUGAAAACAAUCCAGAGAUCAAAUGUUACCAUUAGCUGCCUAGUUGCAGGUGUUCCUGAAGCAGAAAUUACUUGGUUUAAGAACAAGGUCAAGCUGUCCUCUGCUUACCAUCUGCAUGAUGGGUUGCUGCUAAUUGAGAAUGUUUCUCUGUCAGAUCAGGGGUUGUACUCCUGCAAGGCAGCCAAUCAUCGUGGGGAGGUAACUGAAAGCUCCCAGCUGUUGGUUCUUGAGCCUCCACAACCUCUUCCUUAUCUAGAAGACUUGACAGCAGUUCUCUCCAGUGCUGGGACCAGCACUCGUUCAGUGCUGACCUCUCCUUUGGGAACAAAAAUGACCGUCAGUCCAGGGAGCUCUGCUUUCAUAGGUUGUGCUGUGAACGGUCAUCCAACCCCGCACAUCACCUGGCUUUACUCUGGCGAGCCUCUCGGCCUGCGACACCACCUCCUGGCAGAGGGCCGGAUUCUUCAGAUACUUAAUGUCAGUGAUGCUCCUGAUGGUGAAUUCAGCUGCCUUGCUCAGAAUGAGGCUGGCUCGCUCACACAAAAAACGUCCUUGGCUAUACAAGAAUACCAGUGGUCAAUGGACAAGCUGAUGGCUUGUUCAUCUUCGUGCGGCCACAGAGGGGUUCAGCUGCCCCAGCUGAGGUGCUUACUGGAUGGGGCUGAAGUCAACAUAUCCCACUGCAAGGAGAAGCCUAAGCCAGCCCUGCAGCCCACUGCAUGCAACAGGAGAGACUGCCCUUCACGAUGGAUGGUAACAUCGUGGUCUCCGUGCACACGGAGCUGUGGCGGAGGCAUCCAGAUGCGGCGAGUGACAUGCCAGCGCCUGACAGCGAAAGGAAGUUCUGUCCCAAUGUCAAAUGAGGCUUGUGCCCAGGUGUCCAAGCGUCCCGUGGACACACAGAACUGUAACAGGCAUCCCUGUGUUGAGUGGGUGGCCUCCUCCUGGGGCCAGUGCAACGGACCUUGCAUUGGACCACGACUGGCUGUACAGCACAGACAGGUAUUUUGCCAGACCAAAAAUGGGAGUUCUGUGUCAUCUGAUCAAUGUGGUGUCUUACCAAGGCCAUUGAGCACCCAGAACUGCUGGACUGACAUCUGCAGUGUGCACUGGAGGGUCAGCCUGUGGACCGUCUGCACGGCUACAUGCGGAAACUACGGCUUCCAGUCCCGACGCGUGGACUGCGUGCACAUCCACACCAGCAAGCCCGUGCUGGAGCAUCACUGCUCCUGGAGGCCGCGGCCAGCAAACUGGCAGCGCUGCAACAUCACUCCCUGUGAAAACGUGGAGUGCAGAGACACCACAAGGUACUGUGAGAAAGUGAAGCAGCUCAAACUCUGCCAGCUCACCCAGUUCAAGUCACGCUGCUGUGGGACUUGUGGAAAAGCUUGAAGACAAAAGCAAUGAAAACGGAGGAACAAGGGGAUCACAGCCUUUGCUUCACUGAGGCAAGGACUUUUACAGAAAAUUUAAAUGGAAUGGAAUUCUUUUUUUCAUUUUAUUUAUUUCCUUAAAGAGAAAAAAAAAAAAAAAAAAAAAAAAAAGACAACCAUUUACCAAAUCAUUGUUGUAAAGGAACUUGACAAGUUUUCCCUUUUAUAUAUCCGGGAGACAGAAUUCAGCAAAACAAGGUCAUGAGGUUAGACCACGAACAGUCACUAAGCCCCACACCACCAACAAUGGGCCUGAGAGGAGUGAGGCUGCCCCAUAAUCCAUGUACAUGGCUGAGGCUACACCAACAGACAGAUGGGGAAGUGGAUCAGAGUAAAAACCUAGCAUCACAUUGGACCACUGCACAUAUGAAACAAAUAAUCAAACAGCUUAACAGGUCAUAGGUACUGGAGAAAAAAAAAGGUUAAAGUAAAUAUUCAGCUAUUCAGUAUACAGAUACAUCUAUCUUAGACUACUUUGAGAAAAUAAGCAUAAGGUUUUGCUUUAUAAACCUAUUUGUUGCAUCCAAGAUUGGAUUCCUUUUUUUUCUUUCCAAACCCCUCUCUCCUUCUUAUGCUAGCAUUUCAAAUUAUUUCAGUGGGAGAUCCUUGUAAUCUUUGAGGAUCUGGUGUCUGGGGAAGUUGAGCAAUGGUGUGUAAUGUGAGUGAGUCUAAAACACCUGAAAAUGUUCCCAGGUUGUGCUUGUGAGGUAGGAUUGGGAAUAGGAGGAUUGCCCUCAGCACAGGGGUGAGGUGAUGAUAAUUAUUAUCCAGGAGAAGGAGAGAAAGUAUGAUCUGCUAUUGACCGACUGUAAUACAAACCUGAAAAUUAUGUCCUGUAGUGAGCACAGGCAGGAAAGAUAAAAAUUUUCUGUGGUAAGAGGAGCUACUUCGCACGCUGCAUCCUACUAACACCUGUUUGGAAAAGAGAGGAGUACAGUUCCCAGAGUUCAUGUGCUCUCAGACUUGGGGUUUUGGAAAGGAACUUGAGGAAGUGAGUUUUCCUAUCCUGCUCAGGUGAAAUUUCUCUCUCCUGGCAGCCAAGCCUUUUGGACAAGUAGUAGGUAAGACUUCUUGUGGUUAUUCCUACUCAGCAGAAACAGAAUGGAUACAUCAUCAAUUACUGGACUAAUGACAAUAAUUUUUAACAGGCUUGCUCCUCUCCAGCUGCCUCCCACAACAAAACAUGCUAUAAAGCAGCACAUUUUUAAGCCCAUGUAUAACACCCUGAAGAUACAAUCUAAAAAGUGAGGCUCAAACAUCACACCCACAACAUGACUUUGCAUGCUGUCUGUGAGUCUUUCCCUCUGGCCAGCUGCAGUGGUUAUUCAGCUAGUGAAGUGCUUCAUCCCUUUAGUUCCUGGGCACUCUCUGCUCUGCUCAGAGUAGGGCCCUAAAAUUAGAGGAAAUCUGCAGAGUACGGGGUUUGAGCAUUGUGAAACUUUAAAGGAGAGGUGUCUGGGUCUGAGGCUUUGGUUCAAGACCAUCUCUAAAUUAAAGGCUUGGCAGUCCCUCUCCCAGUGGGGCUUAUGCCUUGUGGUAUGUUAAUGAAAUGCUGUUCAAAUACUGAUGUGUUACAGCUGCCAUGACAUGUGGAUUUUCCAGAAAAACUGGGGAGUCCACUUUUGAGGUCAGUGCCAGGUUCAGGACAUUAAACUGUCUUGAGUUGCAUUACUUCAAAACACAUCUGGCAGGGAACACUCUUAGUACAAAUGGGUCUUCAAGAAAUAGCGUUGCUAAGCAUCAGUGUAAUGUUUUAUUUAAAAAAAGAAGAAUGUCUUUCUAUGUAUGUAAAUGUAUAUCUUUUCUGUAUAUUUAUUAGGAUUUCUUGUAUAAAAAGUGCAAUAUUAAUAAUUGUACAUUAUUUUGUACAUUAUUUUGGGUAUUUCUUAAUCUCCCCAGAAUUUUGUUCCUCUAAAAUCAACAGUAAUAGUGUUUUUCUCUUAAUUUUAAUAGCACUUGCGUUUAAUCAGGGAUCUGCUUCACUGUGCAUAGAGUGCUUUAUAAACUAUGACAUGAUGGAGGGAUCAUGUUUUUAACUUGCGAAAUUAUAGUUAUGCAUGGAAUGAAGAACAAUUCCUUAAUAACAACAAUAAUGAUGAUGACGAUGUGGUGGAUAUUUCUAGUACAGUAAUUAACAAAAAACAGUACGAGGAAAUAUUUUCAUUUGUUUAGUAGCAAAACAGAUGAUCACAUGUCAAAUAGUAGAUGUGUAACUGUACACAGGAUAAACACAAAGGAUCAGAUCUGGAGGGGCCACUGUGUUGUCUCUGCACAAUGUGAAUUUAAUUUCAUAUGUCUGUCCUCUGAAUUGUGACUUGGCAGCAUCUCAGUAAGAUAAUGAUUGCUGAUUGGAUAGUUUAUGAAAGGACACUUUUCUUCCCUAAAAAGAAAACGAAACAGCAAAUUUGUAUUUAUACAACUUUUUAUACAAGUAAUGCAGGUAACUUAUUUAACUACUGCUGUCUGAUGUGUUGUUUAUUAAUCUUAAAAACAAAAGUCAUCAAAGUAACAAAGCUGUUGGAGUACCCUGUCCUCAUUCUGUAUUAUGAUAGCAGCACACAGCUGUUGCACAAAGUACAAAUGAUCAACCUGACUUGGGGAAAGAGGAUGUCUUAACUUAUUUUUAAAAGUCUCCAGCCAUUAAGGUUCUGUACUCUGUCUUAGAGAUCUGUUUUAAUUCUUCAUUUGCCUUGCUUUGUUCUUUUUUGCUAAUGUCUUGCUUCUAUUGCUCUUGCAGAAGUAUAAAGCCAUCACUGCUGGUCCUAGGAUCAUGGAAAUCAGUAAAAGUAUACUCCUUUUUUUAAUAUGCAGCAAUGCUUAAAGACAUCUUGUAACUCUCCUCAGCAACCUAUGGCAUGAAGCAACCCUUAUUACUUCAGUCUUUCCUUAUAGGUCGCUGCUGCCUUCAGUAAUGGAGCUUCCAACUCCUUGAAGCAUCAAGUAUAUAUCUACAAGAAAUCCUGGUAAUGGUCAGAAUUACAAAGGGAAAAGGAAAGAAGAAAAAAAAAUAAUAAAGCAAUAGCAUUUUCUCUUAACAAAGACAAAAUCAAAUUUUGAAAGCUAAUCUGGUUCUGCCAUUGCCCUUUUCAAACAAAUGAAUCAAUGUCUGUUCUAAAAGGGAACAGUGAACAAUUUCCCUAGUAUGAUAUUCCUGCAUAUGCUUUUUAGACACCUACACUGCAGGUAAAUUACACUCCAUACAUACAGAAACACAGACAGAGAUGCAAGCCAAAGACCAGACCUCAGACUUCCAAGCAACAGUACUGAAGACAAUGGGAAUUCGGUCAUUCAUUUUGAGUAAAACAAGAAUAGAAUCUGGAGUUGAUGUAAAAUGAACAGCAGGCCAGCUUAGGUUCUCAAGAGAAUAAUUAUUCUGGUUUUGUGCAUAUGAUUCUAGUUACCAGUCAAGUCAAAAAGCCUUCAAAACCUUCAAAGCAAGCUUCCAGUUUAGUUCCCCCUACAAAUUUUCCUUAAUGAAGAAAAACAGUUCUGCAGCAAGCAGAAAAAUGCAGUGCUGAAAGGUUCCCCACAGGAGACCUACUCUUGCCCCUUGUUACAUGACAAGGUAAGCAAAGCUGUUUUCCAAAGUAACCUUUAGCUGGAAAUUUUUUUACCUACUAUCUGGCUGCAGUCAUAUGGACUCCAACUGAAGCUUUUUUUUCUUGUUAAGUUAUGAUACUUUUUGUAAAUUGACCUAUCAAACAGAAAGCUAAUAAUCACCUUACUGUCAGUUUGUUGUCCAAGCACUGAUUCAUACAUAAAUAUGAUUAUUCAUCAGCACAAACCUCUAUUUGUAGAAAAAUGUAAACCAAAAACUUGCUCUUUUCCAAAUUUUCAGGACUGUAGAAGUCCUCUUAAGUUCUUAAUGGCAGCUGUCAGUGAGUCACUGAGCAUUUCAGGUAGUAGUUGAAUGAAUGAACUUCAUUCAUUCAACUAUCUAAUUUCUAACACAAGCUUUCAAACGGGUUUUAAUGUCAGAUUUUUCUCACAGGUUACUAAUGUAUACAGAUAGGAAGCUCACAACUGCUAAUGCUAACUAUGGCUCUGCAUAUAAUCUGCAGACCAGGGUUGUGGAAUCAUCAAUUUAACCAUUCCCUUAAUGUUCUUAUUUAAAGGCAAAUGUAUAUUUAUCAAUAGUGUUAUGUAUUAACUGUCACACCCAGCUUUUAUUUGUGGAAACUAAACAAAAGAAGGUGUCAAAUACUUCAGUUUGCACAAAAUUGAGGGAGGGGACGGUCAGACAUCCUUUUUCUACUGAUCCUACACAUUUCUCACACAAAAACUAUAUUGGUUAAUCGUCAUUUUCGCCUACAUUGAUCUUCAUCAUCUCCAGCCAACAUCUCCCCUCCAUUCAAUCGGAAUAAAAUCUAAAAUAUGGUCAUAUACAGAGCUAUUUUAAUAAAAUUUUGAUAUAAAUCACUAAGGCAUUCUCACUAAGACAUUUCAAUAAUAUGCGACCCAAGGUGUUAUUUAUCCAGAUUUAUAAGGAGAAAAGCCAUUUCUCAGCAUCUUCUCUUCUGGUUACAACGCUUAUUUCUAUCCUCCCCUGCUCUUUGGCUGAGAUACAAUGCUUGCUCCCAUUCUCAACUUCACAUGUGAAGAUAUGGACACAAAAAUACAUUUUAUUCUCCAUCUGUCCCUCUGAGAAGCAAUUAUGGUGCUCAGCCUCACCUUUCCAUCAGUGAUCACUGAUGAAGACUGAAAAAGUCUAUGAAAUCACAGACUCCCGCCCUUGUUUUUUGCCAGAAUGGUUACAAAACCUGGAACAGCCUCUACUGAGACAUCCAGUACAUUCUGAGUGGCUGAGGCAGCAAGGCUGAGAGUACACAAGUGCCUUUGCAUUCGAGAAGUAUCACAGCAGGGUCCAUCUGGAAGAGUUAUUUCAAAUGAUGAAAAGAAACUGACAGAGCACAAAUUAGCUCAGAAAAUGUAUUUAAAACAGGAUCAUCAUCAGGGGUUCCUCACUAUUUGUAUACCAGCUCAUGCUCAUAUAAAGAAGGUUUUAUGCAUGCAGAAACAAGGUUAGCACAGCAAAAAAUGCCUCUGACCAAUAAAAAAACAAUCAACGAAAAAACCCAGAAUGAGAUGAAACAAAAUCAAUUUAUAAGUACUACUUCUAGAAAUACUGAGGUCAAAGCAUUUACCCUGUCACUGGAAAGUAGCUGACAGCAUAAAGUAAUAAAGUGUGACAGUUUAAAUAUUUGUUGCCUAUAUCACCAGCUAUAACCACAAUUAGAUGCAAUUCAUUCUCAUUAGAAUCUUGCUGGUGCUUUUUGGUUUGCUUUUAAUGGAGGAAGCCCACUGGAUGUGCUUUGCCCUUCAUGCUUACCAGCUUUACACCAGUGACUGCCUUCGGCACUGUGGCUGAUGAGCACACAUGUUGGGAGACCUGCACACACUUACUUCGCACAGAAAUAGGAUUGCAUGGGAAUGUCUUUAAUGCCCCUCUCUGAGUCUAUAUCAGUCUGUACCAUGUGCAAAUUAUACCACCUCAGGCUGCUCUGAAUUGCACAUGUUGAUUGUUUGUGAAGUGUGGCAGAUGGGAAGGAGCAAUGCACCGUGUCACCCAUUGCACACUCAUUUCUUCUUGGCACCUCAGUGUCCCAGUGACAAGGGCUCAGAGCCACUCCUCUCCCCCUCACUUGCUUACAUAGCUCCAAUGAGCUCUGCAGGUCUUUGACCCUGACAGCUGAUUUAAUUACUAAACAUUACUUCUUUCCAAGGAGAGGUUUCAUCCUACCAUGCUCCUUCCACACUCCCUUCAAAAUGACUGCUUCUGUCAGCAAGAGCAAUGGCUUUUGAGGAAGAUGGGCACCACGUUUCUAAAGGCCACAUUCCUCUGCACAGCAUGUUAGUGAAGAUACUUGUCCUGGUUUCAGCUGGGAUAGAGUUAAUUUUCUUCCCAGUAGCUGAUAUAGUGCUGUGUUUUGGAUUUAGGAUGAGAAUAACGUUGAUAACACACUGAUGUUUUAGUUGUUGCCGAGCAGUGGUCAAGGACUCUUCAGCUUUUCACACAGCCCUGCCAGCAAGUAGGCUAGGGGGCACAAGAAGCUGGGAGGAGACACAGCCAGGACAGUGGACCUGAACUAGCCAAAAGGAUAUUUCAUACCAUAUGAUACCAUGCUCAGUAUAUAAAAAGGGGAAAACUAGCUGGGAGUUGCUGCUCAGGAACUAGCUGGUCAGCAGGUGGUGAGCAAUUGCAUUGUGCAUCACUUGUUUUGCAUAUUCUAAUUCUUUAAUCAUUAUUAUUAUUGUUGCUGUUGUUGA